AUGAAACUGUUGUCUAAAUCUAUUGAUGACAUAAAGUUUACGUUUAGUGAAAGGUUGGACAAACUCAACGAUGUUAAUACUUCAAUUAAGACCAAAUUGGAAGAAACUGAUUUGGAGCUGUUGAAGAAAUCGAUUGAUGAAAUCGGUAAAUCACUUGAUGAAAAAGUUAAUGCUAUCAGGGCUAACCACGUUGCUAUAAGAUCGCAGUUGGACUCUAUUGAAUGCACAUCGGGAAAAAAGUUAAAUCAAAAGAUCAGCGGCCUCAAAGAAGCUAAUGCGAUGCUGUUCAGGCUGGGAGAAGGCCUUGAUGACAACGAUAGGGUCAUAAAAAUGAUUUCAAAAUUGACUGAUGACACUGCCAACGAAAAAAAUAUACUGAAAGUUUUUAGGUUGGAAAAGAGAGAUGAAGGAGUUGUCAGGCCAAUCCUCAUCAAGUUUGAUGGUGUAAAAAGCAAGGAAUAUUUUUUUACCAAUUUCUACAAACUCAGAUCUUUGAACGACGAUUUUGCACACGUCAAAUUGAGUCAUGAUUUGACUGUUGAUCAGCGCAAGGAGCUGAAAAAAAUUUUGGAUGAUGCAAAGGCGAGAGAAACCAACUGUGAAAAGGGUUUUUUAUACAGAGUGCGAGGGGAGGUAGGAAGGUCAGUUUCAAAGAGAGUAGAUGAUGUUCAUGGGUUACUUUGUGAUGGAUUAGAUAUACUGGUUUUAACGGAAACAUGGCACGGGUUGGCUGGGAAUAUUUCUAUCAAUCUAGCCAUGCCUGCUGGAUAUCAAUUUGUUGAUUUUGUUAGGCAGCAUGAUCCAGGUCACGGUGGUUUGAUAGUUUACUUUCGUAAAGAAUUCAAGUACAAAAAAGACAUUUCGGAAAAUAACUGUGAGACAUGUCAGGUCAUAGAAAAGUUUGGACAGAAAUCAACUGGCUAG